GCGUGGUUCCAGAGAAUCUGUCACUCCAAGUUUCGUGUUUCGAACAAACGCGCUGCAGACGUCUGGAAAAAUUUGGUGGACACGAAGCAUCUCAUCCAGACGCGCGGCUACGGAAGCUCCACGCAGUACCUGCCAAAGGUUUUUGUCGAGAGAGACGUGAACGUGCUCGGAGACUUGAGUGCUCCUGAUGCAGAGCGUCCGCUCUAUCUUCAAGAAAGCAUGGAUGCCCGCGCGCUACACGCUGCUAUGUAUGAGACAGGAUCAAGGGAAGCCAAUGUGGAGAUCUUGCUGCAAUUCCAUGACAGCGUGUUGCUGCGGCUGAAAGGCAAGAGGGGCCGACGGUCUGUCGAGGAAGCGAAUGCUGCGGAGACGUGGAGUGCCAGCCGAGAGAACCUUGCAAAGAAAGAGUCAGCUGCUCGAGGCGUGGUCGAGCAGCUUCUGCAACAGGCAUGCCCAGCAGAGCAACAAGUUGUUAGCAAAAGGCUACGGUAUAAAUCCAGUCAACAGGCGCCAGCAGAAGACAUGUCUGCAACGAGGAAUCCAAUUGAGAGCAUCGACUUUGUCACCGUCCAGGUCCAGUACAAGUGCAGCCUGGGAGAUCUUCUUCGCACGCGACGAUACGCCAUUGGCUGCUCGGUUCAGAAGCUGUCACGCGCGUGGCAAAAGACGGCCGUGAGCCACACGUUUGAUUUGGACAUUCAGAAUUGUUGCUUCAACUUGAUGCUGCAGAUCAUGAGGAAGCUGAAGCCACAGCACGCGGCCUGGCGACAAGCAGAACAAACGCUGCAGCUGUGCGCGGAGAACCGAGACAGUGUCAUUCGGGAGCAGCUCAAAGUGUCCAGUUUCUGCAGCGCUUGCUCCGCUCACAUCAAAAGUGCCACAGGCUUUGAGGUGCAGAUUCAAUGCAAAACAAACCCAGAUCUGCUGGAGUACGUAAUGCAAGCGGGAACCGCUGCAGUGCCGGCAGAUCUGGAUGCAGCGCUGCUCGCGGACGGCAACUGCAUUCCGUGUGCUUUGCACAGGCUCGGUUUCGAAACGCAGGUUAUGCGCUUCCUCGCCGACACUGAGACCGAAAGUGCUCUUUACUUUCGUCGACGGGGUCAUCGGACGUAUCGCCAAGUGGCCGAAGCCCUGAACAUCCAGUUGGUCGCGUCCGGCUACUUUAUAGAGGACCUGAAGGAAGGUGUACGCGAGAAGAACUUACUUCACGUCACCAAGCGAGGCAGACCGCACACGGUUGGACUUCUUUUGCGAGGCGGCAAAUUCAUUGUGUCCGAUGGUCGCUGCACUUUUGAAAUGAAGCCGGAGGACUUUUGGGAUGGUCUCUACUCUGCGUGCGACAGAGCGAGCGUUGUCAUUUUCGGAAUUCUGAUGGGUCCAGCAAGUCAGGAGGAAAACCCCUUGAGGUUUCCAAACGCCUCGGAGAGAGAAAAGCUUCUAGACCUGCAAGCAGGGGCAGGCGAGCAGGAACAUGCCGCGGAGUUCUUGGACGCCGUCGACGAGGUCUCCGCUCACUCCGACGAUUGUCGGGAAGAGUCGGGUUCUGAGCAAGAAGAAUCGAUCACGAAAGUCGGCGACAAUCUUCUGGAAAGCUUGCGGCGAGAGGUGGGACGGGUGCAGCGGGCCAAAGACACCUUCAAGCCCAGUGGCGACGGACGCGUCCAUUGCCCUUUUUGUCCAUUUCGAAGUUGGGAGAAAAAAAUGCGAACCGACAGAUUGGAGGGGAAGCCAGACAUGAGAAAUUACCUGGCCAGAAGUGCUGCCGUCAUGCGAGCUCAUGUGCGACCUCCUUUGAAGUGCACCGUGAACGACAUCGACAAGCAGCUUCGAGUGGUGUUUGCGUCGGACGGUCCUCAAUUGUGGAACAUCGAGACAACCAUAUCCCGUGCAGUGAGACGAGCGCGCAACUUGUACUACACCAGAGAGUUUGCGCACAAAGUUUUUCAGCGAGCCUUGAUGUGCAACGCGAAAGUCUUUGAAAUGCUCAAUACCAUGCGUGCAGAAUUUAGUCCUGAUGCACUUGGACUCUUGCCUUCUCAUUCAAAAGACUGGUGGCCUGUCAUCGAGGACGUUUUCAUGAGCCCAAGAAUAGUGGGUCUGCGAGAUUCUCUACUGACGGAAUGCGUAUCGCACGGGGAGAUGGAAUGCAUCAGCAUCGACGCCACCAUGCGUUGUUGCAUGCCCAUCUUGGGUCAGUCCCGCCUGAAAGCCACGGCAGAGGAGCGCGCGCAGGCUGCCUUUGCGGAGGAAGAGAGCUAUCGCCGUGUUAUCACUGUGCGGGGACGCACAAACGCGGUACUUCUGAUGAAGGCCUCCGCCGGGGAAGAUGCGGACACGGUGUGCUUCGUCCUUUCCCAAGCCCUGCGGCGGCUGCUCUCGAAGUUCGCUGCGGUCGACAAGGAACGCAAUCCCGUUUCCUUCGGUGCUAUGUUCGACGGCAACAACGCGCGCCCGGCCACCGCUGAAGAAAAUCGAUAUCGCGGCUACAUCGAGGACCUGACGAUGCGUGACGAGGAGGCCCGGCGCAUCAUUGACAGCCUGGACUACGACAAGCCUUGGUACCUUCGCAUUGAAUGGAUCCGGGCGCUGGCCGCGCUGGCGAACGUCUACCGGCAGGACAUGCAAAGGAUGUGUCCGGGUCCGAACCGUCGCAUCGGCCAGCUGCUGCUGUCGGCUGCAGCACCGGAAAGGCAAGUCCUGUGGUCGGAACAGGAAUGGAAGGCUUGGUGCGACGAGCUAGACAACGCGGGCAAAGUCAAGCGUAAAGCUGAUUUGCCAGUCCAGGAGGCAAGACGUUGGCAAAAAGCGAGAGUGCAGGAUGCUGCGCUGAAAAAGCCGGCAAGCGCGCUGUCUCAGACAGGCCAGAAGCAUAGGACACCCCACAGCCUCGAACGAAAGGACCAGUUCCUUCGAGGAGGCAAGAAAAACAAGUUCUCAUGA